UGCGGACCGGUGCGCGGGCGCGAGAUAGGAUGUUGGUUUAUUUGUAUGUUUAUUCACGGACCGGCUGGGAAGCUAGAAUCGGAGGAGCUGACCAGUGAGUGGAUCUGGGGCGGAGGGGCGCAGGACUGGGACUCGCUUGGGUUUUGUUUCUCUCUGAAAAAACGUGGUAGGCUCCUUUUUCUCGGUUAGACUUGAUACCCCUUUUCGGGGGAAGGGAGCGAAGCUCCGUAGGGUUUUCAGCGCUCCGGGCCCUCCUUUGCUUUCGGCGGGACCAGCUGUGGCGCCAGAGCUCGCGGUGCGCGCUUGGCCACGCUCGGUGGGUGCCCGGCUCUGCACCUGAUGCGUUCGGGAUGCCUUUCCCACCCCGGCGCGCCCGCGGCUGGCUCGCAUAGCCCCUAGUACACUACCGCAAGCGCUCGAAAUGCGCACGAUCCCGCCGGCGCGCGGACCCACUGGACUCACAGAUGCGCUCGGCACCUCUGCUCGCCGCCUCCCCGGGACGCUCGCAACGUGCUUGGGCCGGGCCAGCCAGCCGCCGGCAUUCCUCGGGGGUCACAGCCCUAGGUCGAAGAUGGAGGGCCGUCCCCUUCUCGCCUUCCCUCGCAUAACUCGCUCCGGGGCUUUUGUGCUUCCCCUUCGCCGCGGGGCGGGUCCGACUCCUCUCCGUGCUCCGUGCUCCGUGCGGAGCCCAGCACCGCCGACUCUUCGCCUUUGGCCCCCGUCUCUUCGCUUUCACUCUCCCUAGCUCGGAUCCCUUUCAGGAGUCUGGCUUCCCGGGAAAGUUGCUUCCCCAAGUUUGCUGAAGUCGUCUCCGAGUCUCAGUGGGGGUCGCUGGGAAGUGGGGGCGUGUGAACGCGCGAUCGAUACCCGGAGCUCGGGCGGGCGAGCGCCGGCUUCUCCACGCGCCGCCUGGCUGGCCGCUGCAGCCAGCGCCGGCCGGAUCGCGGGCGCCGAGCGGCGGGUGGGGAGACGGCUGACCCAGGGAGUCCUGAUUUCUCUCAGGACCCGGAGAGCUUGUUUGGGGUAAGGAAUUCAGGUAGUCACACUUCCAUUCUCUCUGCUGCUCCCUCUCAGUUCUCCUAAACCCCGGCGUCUUCCGGAAAGCACAGGGUGGCCAGGCGUGGCUGAAUGAUCGUCCCACCUUCGACGGCCUCGGUCCCCACCCCGGGGUGGGCAGCAGCGUGUCUUGACCAGCCGUCCUGUUAACCUUUUCUGCGCGAGCUUCGUGGCUCUGGAGCCCAUAGGGCUCUUUUUUCGGGCGGAGGCAAGCAGUGUUUUAAGAGUGAGGGGGAGACCUAGCUCUAAUUCGCUCCCAGUUAAUUUACUGCGAUACUGGCCGCAGCAAGGCAGGCGCUGGCUGGGAGGGUCCUGCGCCCGUGAGGUCUUUCAGACACUCCUUAAACAGGGUUCGGGUCCUGGCGCCCCGUUGUUGAUCCAGAAUAGGCUCUGGGAGAGGCCUUUGUCUUCCAGCCCCGGUUUCCUUUAGACUGGGUUGUAACUCAACACCAUAGAUGCUGGUGCCAAGAUCGCUUUUAGCACCUCUAACCAGGUCCAGCAUUGCUUGCUGCUCCUGGUCAUAGGACUUGCCUGCUCCUUGAGCCUGUGGGACACACUUGGAUUCAUGCACCCAGCCCUGUCGGGGAACCUAUUUACUAUGAUAUGCUCCAUACCUUGGUGACCCAUUUUCUUUCAUGUUUUAGAUCCUUCUGACCACUGCGUACUGUGGGCAGUAGGGCAAGGGCAGCAGCUUAUGUGUGUGUGUGUGUGUGAGUGUGUGUGUGUGUAUGUUGACAGGCAUUGUCUGGCUAUUGCACAAACACAGGUUCAGAUCUUGGGUUACAAGCAUGAUAUAACUUUGAGGCAUGUGUGGUGGAGCUGACCCAAGUUAGUGUGUGAAGGGUGUGUGUUCCUUUUCGUGCCCAGGGAGGGAUAGGGCAUGGGUCUGUGAGUGCUGUGCAGCCCUGAUAGGAGUGGAAGGUCCAGGCUGAUGACCCUCCUUUGGCCCAGAAAGCCCACCCUGCCCGGCCACCAGAGCCCAGAAGGAAGGAGAGCCUCAUGCCUGAGCCGAGGGCAGCACCAUGGAUCUGACAAAGAUGGGUAUGAUUCAGCUGCAGAACCCCAGCCACCCCACGGGGCUGCUGUGCAAGGCCAACCAGAUGCGGCUGGCCGGGACUCUGUGCGAUGUGGUCAUCAUGGUGGACAGCCAGGAGUUUCACGCCCACCGGACGGUGCUGGCCUGCACCAGCAAGAUGUUUGAGAUCCUCUUCCACCGCAACAGUCAGCACUAUACUCUGGACUUCCUCUCGCCAAAGACCUUCCAGCAGAUUCUAGAAUAUGCGUACACAGCCACACUGCAGGCCAAGGCAGAGGACCUGGAUGACCUCCUGUAUGCGGCCGAGAUCCUGGAGAUUGAAUACUUGGAGGAACAGUGCCUGAAGAUCCUGGAGACCAUCCAGGCUUCUGAUGACAAUGACACAGAGGCUACAAUGGCCGACGGUGGGGCCGAGGAAGAAGAGGACCGCAAGGCUCGGUACCUCAAGAACAUCUUCAUCUCGAAGCAUUCCAGCGAAGAGAGUGGGUAUGCCAGUGUGGCUGGACAGAGCCUCCCUGGGCCUAUGGUGGACCAGAGCCCUUCAGUCUCCACCUCAUUUGGUCUUUCAGCCAUGAGUCCCACCAAGGCUGCAGUGGACAGUUUGAUGACCAUAGGACAGUCUCUCCUGCAGGGAACAGUUCAGCCACCUGCAGGGCCCGAAGAGCCAACUCUUGCUGGGGGUGGGCGGCACACUGGGGUGGCUGAAGUGAAGACAGAGAUGAUGCAGGUGGAUGAGGUGCCCUGCCAGGACAGCCCUGGGGCAGCCGAGUCCAGCAUCUCAGGAGGGAUGGGGGACAAAGUUGAGGAAAGGGGCAAAGAGGGGCCUGGGACCCCUACUCGAAGCAGCGUCAUCACCAGUGCUAGGGAGCUGCACUAUGGGCGAGAGGAGAGUGCCGAGCAGCUGCCACCCCCAGCAGAGGCUGGCCAGGGCCCCCCUGGCCGACCUGAGCACCCAGCUCCACCAGCUGAGAAACACCUGGGCAUCUACUCUGUUUUGCCGAACCACAAGGCUGAUGCUGUGUUGAGCAUGCCGUCCUCAGUGACCUCGGGCCUCCACGUGCAGCCUGCCCUGGCCGUCUCCAUGGACUUCAGCACCUAUGGGGGGUUGCUACCCCAGGGCUUCAUCCAGAGGGAGCUGUUCAGCAAGCUGGGUGAGCUGGCUGUGGGCAUGAAGUCAGAGAGCCGGACCCUCGGGGAGCAGUGCAGCGUGUGUGGGGUCGAGCUUCCCGAUAAUGAGGCCGUGGAGCAGCACAGGAAACUGCACAGCGGGAUGAAGACCUACGGAUGUGAGCUCUGCGGGAAGCGGUUCCUCGAUAGUUUGCGGCUGAGAAUGCACUUACUGGCUCACUCAGCGGGAGCCAAAGCCUUCGUCUGUGAUCAGUGUGGUGCCCAGUUUUCAAAGGAGGAUGCCCUGGAGACACACAGGCAGACCCACACAGGCACAGACAUGGCUGUCUUCUGUCUGCUGUGUGGGAAGCGGUUCCAGGCACAGAGUGCGCUCCAGCAGCACAUGGAGGUCCACGCGGGCGUGCGCAGCUACAUCUGCAGCGAGUGCAACCGCACCUUCCCCAGCCACACGGCCCUCAAGCGCCACCUGCGCUCACACACAGGUGAUCACCCAUACGAGUGUGAGUUCUGUGGCAGCUGCUUCCGGGAUGAGAGCACACUCAAGAGCCACAAGCGUAUCCACACGGGCGAGAAGCCCUAUGAGUGCAAUGGCUGUGGCAAGAAGUUCAGCCUCAAGCACCAGCUGGAGACGCACUAUAGGGUGCACACAGGUGAGAAGCCCUUUGAGUGUAAGCUGUGCCACCAGCGCUCCCGGGACUACUCGGCCAUGAUCAAGCACUUGCGAACGCACAACGGCGCCUCGCCCUACCAGUGCACCAUCUGCACAGAGUAUUGCCCCAGCCUCUCCUCCAUGCAGAAGCACAUGAAGGGCCACAAGCCCGAGGAAAUCCCGCCCGACUGGAGGAUAGAGAAGACUUACCUCUACCUGUGCUACGUGUGAAGGGCCGCCUGGCCUGGAGCAGAGGGGGGAGCGAGGAAAGAAGGGUAGAGCGAGAUGGAGGAAGGACUGGGGGAGGGGGGAGGAAAAGAAAAAAAGAAGAAGGGGGAGACCUGAUGACUGUUUGGCCUUGGAUUCUCUCUGGGGCUCCAGGCGCCCUGGAUGCCCCAGCUGCUGCCCCUUCCCUGAGAGCCUCCGCCCUCCUGGCCUGGCUGGAGGUUUGCCUGAUUUGGGGGUGAGGGUGAUUUGUUUUGUUCACUCGGAUGGUGGCAUAUUUUUCUUCUCCCUCUACCCAGCCCCCCUUGGUAUGUCCAGAGAUGGAGGCUAGGCAGUGGGUGAGAGUUCCUCUGCCUGCCCCCUCUCCCUGCUGCCUCUGAAGGUGACCCGAGGGCAGUAGGGGGACCUCUGCAGAUAGUGGGGCUGGGCCACCGGUUGGCGCUCAAAUGGCAGCUCUGAUUGACUGGAGGAAGACUUGGGCGGGGAAGGGCUCUCUUUCUCUUCCCAGCACUCAGUCUGUCUGCUGCUCCUCUGCUCUGCCACGCCUGGCGUCUUCUUGUGGCCUCUGAAAGCUUCGUGGCCCUUGUCCCCUGCCUGCUGCCCCCUCUCUUUGCUCCCAGCCUCCCCUUAGCUCCUGUCCUCCACAUCCUGGAGGGCACCCAGCCCCGUGUCCCCCCUCCACUUCCCUAGUGGGAAAGCUGCAUCUGACUCCAGAGCUUCUCCCCCUCUUAGCCUUCUGAGGACACAAAACUAAGUAAAUCAAAUACCCUACCCUUUUCAAGCCCUGUGAUGGGCAAGAUUCCUGCUGAGCUGCUUCCAAAAUGGAAGACACAUAAGUAAAUACCUAAUAUCCUACCAGACAGAACCCCCUACUGCCCCGUGUCAGUCUCUGGGUGAAGGAAUUCAUGAAGGGGCUCGUGGCCCAAAGUAAUGUUGAUGUCUGUCUCCAGAUGGGCCUACACCUGGAGAAGGGGACAUCCUGCCCAGCGUGGGGCUGGCUGGUCAGGGGAGGAAGGUGUCGAGUCACCCUGGGGACCCCAGAUGCAGUGAGCUCAGCGGGAAAACCCAGGUCCAGGGAAUAGCACAGAAUCCCCGACUCACAGGGCCCUCAGCCCACAGGGAGGAGGAAGAGGAGGAGUUGGCCUUGUGUUACGUUCUGCUUCUGUUCUGUGUCCCCUUUUAGCACAUUGUACUUGAAUUACCUCAGUUUUUUGUGACCUCAUGAGCUUUUUUAACCUCUGUAUCUCUUUUUUUUUUUGGUUGUUGUUGGGGGUAAAAGGAAUGGGGAGGGCAUCCUUUUCUGUUUCUUGUAUACAUUAAUAGUUGUUUUUAUAGACUUUAGCUGGUCAGGGCCACCCCGUGCCCCUGAAGACCAGCCUCCAGCUAGAAGGAGCUGUGUGAAGGGGUUGACUGACAGGAUCUGAAUGUGAGGGCUGGGAGGGGAUGGUGCAUCAGGCCUCGCUGUCCCCAUGGAGCACUCAGGAGUCGUGACUGGGCUCUGCUUGGAGCAUGGAGUCACCUGUGCCCAGCAACAGUUCAGCACAGAACACUCUGGAGAAAAUCCCACCUUUCUUACAUUUGCUGGGUUGUUGAAGUUUCAGGGUGUGUGCUAUUCAGAUCUUGCAACUGUGCCCCAUCUCUGUGUAUUAUCAUUGCCAAAAUUGGUCUUUUUCUCUCAGCUGGCCAGGGGGCGAAGCGGCCUUUAUUUUGUUGUGUUGGGGUGGGGGUGUUAUUUUUCUAAAAGCUACCUCUUAUGUUUGUAUUCCGUGGUCCCUCCUUGCCUCCCAUUCUGCUGCUUUUCUCCACUCCUUUCCCCAAGCUCCACCCCCACCCUUCCUCCCUAAUUUUGGAAAGCACAUUUGCAAUAUCCGUUGUUUGCUUUGGGACGGGCCCUCCGUUUCAUCUCAUGCUUUAUGUGUAAGAGUUUUUUAUUGUUAUUAUUAUUAUUUUCUUUCCUUUCUCUCUCUGAGAAAGUUGUGGCUGCGUUUUGAUCUUAGGUUUUAAAAAGUGGUUUAGGGAAGCGGUUUUGGGGAGAAGGGUUGUGAGGAGUAUAGGGAAGCUGGAGGGAUGGGUGCUGCUGUGACUUACCCCCCGUCCCUCAGCUCCAUCCCUCCUGCCCUCCCCUUCAAUCUCGUCCACCAAAUCUGAAGGCCUUAAAAAUUGUGUGUUGGGGGGAUGUGAAUUGGGGGAACUGUGUCGCUAGGCUGUUGAUGAGGGAUGAUAAAGUAGGGAGGAUGCUAUUUUGCAACUAUAAUAAUGAUGUAGUGAUUUUGGAAAGGAAAAAAAUGUUAAACUUGAACUAUGCGACUAGAACAGUUGUCAUGUCUACAAUGUGAAAAGAGUGAAAUCGCUUGGGGGAGGGGCAGUCUCUAAGAAAUCAUUAUGCACUGUAGCUUCCUUCCCCUGUCUGGGAGGCAGGGAGGACUAGCUGGCCCUCAGGGGGAUCUGUAAAUCCCAGAAAACAGUAUUUUUAACAGCAAGAUGUUGUUCAACUUUGGUGGGGAAGGAAAAUUAAAAAACCAAACUAUUCCAUAAAACUAGCUGGCCGCCUUGCUCCCCUGCCCUUUACACUCAGCCUGGGUCCCUCCCCACCACCAUUCACAGACGCUGAGAGGGUUGAGCUAAUCUUUACAAAUUGUAAUAUUUUUGUAAUAUUUGUUAGUUCCUUCGUCAGUUCCACAGAACCUUGCCCUUUCCUUUUGUAAUGUGAAUAGAAAAAAAAAAAAAAAGACAAAAAAUUCACCACCAUCACCACCACCAAAAUACCCCUUUGUGUGUGUGUGCACGAGUGCCCGUGUGCUUUGUGUGUGCGGUUGUGAGUUACAUCAUGCAGUAUUGUGGUAAUCUGGUGUUGCAGCAUUAGAUGGUACUUAAGUCAGCACCUGCCUGCCCCCGCCCCCAGGCCCGAGGGGAGUGUGGAUUCUAAGGACGCCUUGACCGGGGAUACCCCUGUGUUCGCCAUGCUAUUCCCUCCGCUCUCCAAGAAGACCCCUGAAUACAGUCCAACAACACCUCUCUUCCCCAACUUCCUACUCACAAAGACAAAACAGGUCUAAAGUUGGCAAGGCCUGAUGGCCAAGGGGCAAGGUAAGAAAUUAUCUGAAGGCUUCAGAUAGGCCUGGAAUGAAAGGGGUGGGGCAGUGGGAGGAAGGGGGUGGCCCUCUCCCCAGGUGAGCGCUUAGCGUCUUCACUGCCCUGUCCUUUUUACCAUCUGGCUCCGUGGCCACCUCGCUGCCCUUGGGGGCAGUACUGCUGAGCGCCCUGCCUGCCACUGCCUUAUCCAGCAGAGUGAACCUUCUCUAGCCUGGGAAGUCCCAGUUGGUUAAGGGUCCCUUUCUCAUGUCCAGUUCCUACAAAUAUGUCCCUUAAUGCUUUUGGUGACAUUUUUCCCUCGUGCUCUUUCCCUGCUCAGUCCUUCAACUCAUUCAAAGCAUUAAAAUCCUAUGUAUAUAUAGGAUAGACAAAUAUAUAUAGAUUAUAUAUAAUAUAUAUAGCGAGAGAGAUUUAAGAUAGUAAAUAUCAUUGCUGCUUGGGCUGCUUUGGAGAAGGAGGCCAUGAAUAUGGGGAAGGCCGAUCUGGGGUACGGGGGUGGGUAGGGAGGCUGGGGGCCCCAGUGACUUAGUACAAUCCAGGGAUGUAAUGCGGGCUUGUUUAAUCUUUGUGCCUGAACAGUUUUUCCAUAUUUAGAAAAAAGAAAAAAGAAAUUGCUGCAAUUUUUCACAAGUGUAUGGUACCUUUCUGGAUGCUGUUGGUACAAGUGCUGUGGGCGGGAGGGGGCCACGGGCUUCUGCCUCCUCGUGGGGGAGUGAACGGAGGUGUGGCGGCCUUUGGAUUCUGUCCAUGAAGGGUUGUGGGGGGCGGAUUUUUGGCCAGUUCCCUGACAAGCCAAACGAGGGUGAAAAGGAGGCGCGCCCGAUGGAAGCAGAAAAGCAGAAGCUUAGACUCCUGCUUCCCUUUCCCCAGGCCUGUGGUGUCGUCCUCUGGCCCCCUCCCACCUUGCCUGCUCUUCCCUGGAGUUUCUGCUGGCUUAGCUGGAAUGGCAGCACUUAAGUGGUAUUUCAGUGGGAGGACAAAAAGCCAGACUAACCCUAUGUGGUGGGACUGCUGGGUAGAGAGAUGGUCAAGAGGGGCACAGGACAAACCAAGGAGGUUGGGUUGGGGAAAGUGGUGGAGAGAAGCAGGGAUGCGGGCCCUGCAGGCCCGGCAGCCCCCCGCUGCGGCCUCCCUGGGUCCUCGGCAUCCCACUUUGCAGACAGGGUACCCACCUCCUGGUGUGCAGCAUAGUGUGUGUUCACAUAGUGUUAUGCAUGAACUUCCUGAGGUUCAGAAGCCGUGGUGGUGCACCAUGACAUCCAACCCAUAUAUAUAAAGAUAAAUAUAUAUAUAUGUAUGUAAAUUAUAGCACUGAGGGCCCUGCCGCCCUGCUGGACCAAGCAAAACUAAGCCUUUUGGUUUGGGUAUUACGUUUUGUUUUGUUGUUUGUUUGUUUUUGUGGCUUGUCUUAUGUCGUGACAGCACAAGUGCCAGUCGGAUCGCUCUGUAUUACAAAAUAGUGUUUUUAAUUCAUCGAUGUUCUAGUUAAUGUCUACCUCAGCACCUCCUCUUAGCCUAAUUUUAGGAGGUUGCCCAAUUGUGUUUCUUCAAUUCUACUGGUUACUUUUUGUACAAAAUCAAUCUUUCUUCCCCGCCCCCUUCCUUCUCUCCCCUUCUCCGCCCUGCCCUCCCUCCUCCCCUCUCCUUUCUGUGGGUUCCAUUCUCUCUCUCCCUCUCCUCCUCCCCAGCCUGCUCCCCAGAGUCGUGCUUGGCAAUCCUCUGUUCUAGUUCUGAAGCAGUUCCCUCGAAGUUGUGCCGUCCUGAUUGCAGCUUUCCGCAUCUGCCUUUGUUUCGUGUAGAUUGAUGCGUUUUCUUUGUAAUUUCAGUGUUUCUGACAAGAUUCAAAAAAAAGAAAAAAGAAAAAGAAGAAAAAAUGAAUUUACUGCUGCAGGUUUUUUUCUCUCUCCAUGUGUCACUAAGUGAAGUUUGUGCCUUCUAUAGCAAAGAGAAUAUUUUUUACAUCCUACUAACAGUAGAUUUUUUUGUAGUGAACAUUUUUUGUAUUUUUAUUUAUAAGUCUCAUAAGAAAAAUAGCAAUGUUCAGUUGUAUACCUUGAAUCUGCAGUUAGAAGAGAAUAAAGUUAAUUCAGUUGUC